UGAACUAGUUGGUUUUUGUUUCAACGAUUUAGUAGAAGACUUAACAUCGUUUCGCCAACAUGCGAAUAAUUUCGGGAGCGCUCUCUAUCGUAAUAACUCUAUUGAGUAUAUUAGCUUCCGGACAAUGUGCCAAUAUCCUGGGAAUCUUUACGGUGCCCAUGGCCUCCCAUACCAUUGUGCAUCUGUCGGUGGCCAAGGUCCUGGCAGAAAGGGGUCAUAACCUGACGAUCGUAACGCUCUUCGAUCUGCCAGUUAAGCACGAGGACUUCACAGUUAUUCAAGUGCCUCCUUCCAAGGAGGACGAACAGCAACUGAACGAGGUUAUCGGUGAAGCAACCGCGACGGCUAACAAUGGCUUUCUCGCCGCCUUUCUCAAUGCUCCAAAGUUCUUAAAUAUACUUUUACGGAUAAUGGAAAACGCCAUACGAGAUCCGCGGGUCAAGGCCCUUUACGAAAACAAAAACAACAAGUUCGAUUUGAUGAUCUCCGGAUAUCUUAAUAACGAUUUUCAGUUGGGAAUCGCCCGAAAAUUGAAGGUGCCCGUCAUCGCCGCCUUUCCUCAACAGCCUCUGGAGUUUAUUGCCUCUGUCGUGGGCAAUCCCAGUUCCUUGUCCUCUGUCCCGGGCAUGUUGACUUCUGCGGAGAAGGGUAAGGUCAUGUCCUUGGGCCAGAGGUUCUUGGAAGUGCUCUUCAGUUGGGGACAUAGUGCAGUUCAAAAAUUAAUGGAACAUGGCAACAAAAAGCGUUACAGAUCACUGUUCAGCGAUGAUCCUUCAAUGCCUGAGUAUGAGGAUCUAUCAAAAAAUAUAAGUCUGAUGUUUUUUAACUCAUAUGGACUUAGCGAUGGACCCAUACGACCCAAUGUCCCAGCUGUCGUUGAAAUUGGAGGAAUUCAAAUUAAAGACCAGCCAGAUCCCCUCCCUCCAAAUAUGGCAGAGUUUCUGGGAAAUGCCACUGAAGGUGCCAUUCUCCUAAGCCUGGGUUCCAACAUAAAAGGAUCUCAUCUCACUCCAGAAAUGGUUCAAAGCAUAUUCAGAGUGCUUUCUAACCUUCCCCAGCUAGUGAUUUGGAAGUGGGACGACCUGAAGAACACUCCAGGAACAGCAAACAAUAUUCUCUACUCCAAGUGGCUGCCACAAGACGAUAUUCUAGCUCAUCCGAGUAUUAAACUUUUUAUAACUCAUGCCGGGAAGGGAGGCACUGCCGAAUCCCAAUAUCACGGAAAACCAAUGCUGGCUAUUCCCUUUUUUGGCGACCAGCCUGGAAAUGCAGCAUCUUUAGUGAAAUCUGGGUACGGACUUAGUUUAUCUACUUCGGAGUUAAAUGAGGAGAAUUUCCUAAGCAGCAUUGUUAGGAUUCUAGAGGAUCCAUCUUUUACCAACAAUGUUAAGGCCUUUUCUGAGCUUUACCGUGACAGACCUCUUACGGCAAAAGAAACAGUGAUAUAUUGGACUGAGUACGUCCUGCGACAUCGUGGAGCUCCUCACAUGCAGAGUCCCCUUGUCCAUAUGAGCUUCAUAGCUGCUCAUAAUUUAGAUAUAUAUUUUUUGAUAGCUUUUAUUGUUUAUUUGCUGGUAAUUAUGAUUAAAUUCAUCUGUAGACUGUGUAAACGGAAGCCUUAUAAAGUCGGAAAACAAAAAGUUAAGAAAAACUAAAAAUAAUUGAUAAGAGUCUGAAGUCAGUGACUGAUAAUAAACCUACAUUUGAGAA